UGGUGUAAUUAAUUAUUUUAUAACCCUUUUUCUCUUUAUGCUUCUUCUCUCUCCCUCACUCCGAAAUCUGAAGCUCCUCAGAGCCCUGGAAUCGUUGCUACGGAUUCAGCUUGAAUCUGUUGGCGUUAGUCACGGUCGGGUGAUUUAUGGUGAUUUAGUCACGGAUUGCUUUCUUUCUGGAUUAGUUUAUGCUGCAAUUCAUUUAAGGAGUGAUCCUGAAUUUGGGAGGGAUUUGAGUGCUGCGUGUGAAAUCUUAGAGGAUGAGGCUGAUGGUAUUUCCAUGGCUUACGAAGCUUCAGUGGAUCUUAUGAGCCAUGGUGAGAGAAUUUCACAGGAGAUUCCGGACACGAUAUUUUCUCCUUCAUUUUUUCAUUCUAAAGCUGCUUGUGCAAGUGUCACCAGCAAAGUUGACUUUGUUGCUGCUUUCACCAAGAAAGAACAGGCUGAACAUCAUGAUGUCAACAUUACUGAUUUAAGAACUAGCUAUCUAGAUUCUUAUGACAAAUCAGGAUAUGAAUUUUUCACCGAAGAUAAAAUGGAAUUUGAGCCGAUGGAGGCAGAUAAAGAGAAUGUAGAGUUAGUCGUAAAUUCAUCCAACAAUACCUUUGAUUUUAAUAAAAAAAAUGGUCAUAUGCUCCAUAUUGAUUAUCAUCAUGGUUGUGAGGAUGAAUUUAGCAGUAUAGGAGAUCUAUCUCCUGAAGUUUCUGCAAUAUAUCUUGCAAUGCAGCAUUCCAAAUUAGAGUGUGUUGAUGAAAAAAGUCAAGAUACAAUUUCUGAAGUUUACGUGGAACCUGAGGAUGACGAUUUCGAUGAUUUCGAUCCGUAUUUAUUCAUCAAGGAUUUACCAGACUUAUCUGUGGUUGUGCCAAAAUUUCGUCCGAUGCUCCUACCAAAGCAAACACGGAGUUGUCCUGCGACUACCCUUGUUUUAGAUUUGGAUGAGACCUUGGUGCAUUCCACACUUGAGCCGUGCAAAGACGCAGACUUUGCUUUCCCUGUGAAUUUUAAUCUUAAAGAGCACACAAUUUAUGUGCGGUGUCGGCCCUUUCUCAAGAACUUCUUGGAGCGAGUUGCGACAUUAUUUGAGACCAUCAUAUUCACAGCUAGCCAAAGUAUAUAUGCUGAACAACUUCUCAACAUGCUUGAUCCCAAAAGAAAAUUAUUUCGCCACCGUGUUUUUCGUGAAUCUUGUGUUUAUGUGGAGGGAAAUUAUUUGAAGGAUCUCACCAUUUUAGGUCGUGAUCUAACGCAAGUUAUUAUCGUCGACAACUCUCCUCAGGCAUUUGGCUUCCAGCUAGACAACGGCAUCCCCAUCGAGAGCUGGUUUGACGAUCAUUCCGAUAGCGAACUUCUCUCUCUGCUCCCAUUCUUGGAGAGCUUAGUUGGGGUCGACGAUGUCCGGCCGAUCAUAGCUCAACGAUUCAACCUUCGUCGAAAGGUCGAAGAAGCUGCUUCAUCUCUCUCUUGAUUUCUGAAGAUGAUGAUGAAGAAGGUUGGUUUACCCUUCUCCCUUUUAAAAAGAUCUCCACUUUGGUUCUCAUUUUUAUUACUUGCCUGUUAAGUUUGUAGAAUUGAAAUUUGGCGGCUUAGUUUGGUCAAGGGUGCUGGGGGCUAGUUUGUGAAUUUCCAAUUUUCUUGGGUAAAGAAUGAAAAAGAACUCUCAGGUCUUAUUGUUUUCCGGUUAUCAAAUAUUUUGUAUUUAUUUAUU